AUGUGGAGGGGCGUCGGCUACGGCGGCCUGCAUUCUCACAGCUCCUACCCGGCGGACCGCGGCCUCGGCCACAUCAAUUACCAGCCCAAAGUCCGCGUCAUCGAGCGGUACAAGGUCGUCGGCUUCAUCAGCUCCGGUACUUAUGGCCGUGUCUACAAGGCCCUCGGCCGUCAGGGCCAGAAGGGCGAGUUUGCCAUCAAGAAAUUCAAGCCUGACAAGGAGGGCGAGCAAAUCUCGUACACGGGCAUCUCGCAAUCCGCCAUCCGCGAAAUGUCCCUGUGCAGUGAGCUGAAGCACGCCAACGUCAUCAAGCUCAUCGAGAUCAUCCUCGAGGACAAGUGCAUCUUUAUGGUCUUUGAGUACGCCGAGCAUGACCUGCUACAAAUCAUCCACCACCACACCCAGAACCCGCGCCACCCCAUCCCGCCCCAGACCGUCAAAAGCAUCAUGUUCCAGCUCCUCAACGGCUGCCAGUACCUCCAUGCCAACUGGAUUCUGCACCGCGAUCUCAAGCCAGCCAAUAUCAUGGUCACCUCGGCCGGCGAGGUCAAGAUCGGCGACCUGGGACUGGCCCGCCGCUUCGACAAGCCCCUGCAUUCCCUCUUCAGCGGUGAUAAGGUUGUCGUGACUAUAUGGUAUCGCGCGCCGGAGCUCAUCCUCGGCAGCCGUCACUACACCCCUGCCAUCGACAUGUGGGCCGUCGGCUGCAUCUUUGCGGAGCUACUGUCUCUGCGACCCAUCUUCAAGGGCGAGGAGGCCAAGAUGGACAGCAAGAAGACAGUGCCCUUCCAGCGGAACCAGAUGCAAAAGAUUGUCGACAUCAUGGGAUUGCCGUCCAAGGAGCGGUGGCCGCUGCUGACGGCCAUGCCCGAGUACCCCCAGCUGUCGACUCUGCAGCCGCCCAUGACGCCGCACCACCACGGCCAUCACGGCCACCACCGCGGGCACGGCUACGGCCACCACCCGCCCGCACCGAGCGGAUCGAACCUCGAGAAGUGGUACUACAGCACCAUCUCCCAGGGCGCCUCGAGCAGCGCGACGUCGGCGCCGCAGGGCAACGGCGCGCCACUGGCAAGCCUCGGCGCGGAGGGGUACAAGCUGCUGGCGAGCCUGCUGGAGUACGACCCCGUGGAGCGGCUGACGGCGGCCAAGGCGCUGCAGCAUCCGUUCUUCUCGACGGGCGACCGGCUCAACGCGCACUGCUUCGAGGGGCUGAAGAACGAGUACCCGCACCGCAGGGUGAGCCAGGAUGACAACGACAUUCGGACGAGCAGCCUACCCGGGACGAAGAGGAGCGGGCUGCCGGACGACUCGUUGGCCAGGCCCGUGAAGAAGUUGAGGGAGGUGUGA